AUGGCCUCAACGUCCUCGCAGCCGCAGCAGAUUAAUGUGACGGAUUUAGACCUCCCGCAACUUGCAGAUGUGCGGCGGCAGCUCGAAGAGGAAUUGAGCCACCUUUCGAACUCGUUCGCUCAACUGCGUCAAGCUCAGGCGAAGUUCCGCGCAUGCAUUGACAACGUCGGCCAGGUGAAGCCGGAGAAUAAGGACAAGACGAUCUUGGUCCCGCUCACAAACUCAUUAUAUGUCCCGGGGAAGCUGAGUGACCAUGAGAACGUGAUUGUCGACGUUGGGACCGGUUACUACGUGAAAAAGUCCCGCGCGCAGGCCGCCAAGCACUAUGAGUCUAAGGUGGAAUAUAUCCGGACGAAUUUGGAGGCGUUGCAGGAGACAAUACAGAAGAAGCAGGACAACAUGAAUUACUUGGUUAAUGUAAUGCAAAUGAAACUGCAAGAGCAAGCCGGCAAGACUGCAAAGGCGUAGUAGUCCGACUGCCAGGAAUACCUGUACUUUUAGGUGUACUCGCGGUCGAAUCCGCACAUCAGCUGAUAUCAUCGCACC